ACACAGCGUGCUUCUGCGCAGACGUCAGCUGUGCAUCGCGGUGACGUCACCAGGAGCACGUGGGUUUGUUAUUGCAGGAAGUGAAGAUGGCGGCUGAGUCGUUGCUCACCGAGUCCGCGCUCGGGUGGUCUAUUUUCACGUUUAUACUCUUGGCAAUCCUGGCCUUUUGCUGGAUCUACAUUCGGAAAUUUCAAAGUCGUCAGGAGAGUGAAGUGGUUUCUACCAUCACAGCAAUAUGUGCUCUGGCCAUUGCUUUGAUAACGUCUGCACUUCUGCCAGUGGAUAUAUUCCUUGUUUCAUUUAUGAAGUAUCCCAAUGGUACCUAUCAGGAAUGGGCAGCAAACAAUGAGACGCGGGGGCAAGUUGAAAACACUGUUCUCUAUGGAUAUUACACACUGUACUCCAUCAUAUUAUUCUGCGUCUUCCUAUGGAUCCCCUUUGUUUACUUCUACUAUGAAGAAAAGGAUGACGACAACACAAACAAAUGCUUGCAAGUGAAAAAUGCUUUGAAGUACACAAUUGGAUUUGCUAUUGUCUGCAUGGUGCUUCUGAUAAUUGGUGCCUUUGUUCCUCUUGUGGCCCCACCUAGCCAGAAUGCCACUCAGUGGGUGAAAGUGCAGUACCUGUUUGAGGAGCUUGGGAGUAGUGAUGGUCUACGUGCUCUGUCUUUCUCCAUCAGCUCCUUGACCUUAAUCGGCAUGUUGGCAGUGAUCACUUACACGGCGUAUGGUAUGUCUGUACUGCCGUUGAAUCUGAUAAAAGGCACACGGAGUGUAGCGUAUGAACGCCUGGAGAACACAGAGGACAUCGAUGAAGUUGAACAUCAGAUAGAAAAUCUGAAAUCCAAGUGUAAAGAUGGACGUCCCCUUUCCUCAAGGGACAGACACAACCUGCAGGAGCUGGAGGGCAAACUGCAGGUCCUUCGCCGCCGGGGGAGACACCUGGAAAUUGCAGAGAGGAACUGCUGCACUAAAGUGGGCAGUGCUCUCAGACCUUUCAAGAUAUUGUUGGGCAUUUUCUUUAUCAUGGUUGCACUGCUGUUCAUUGUUGCCCUGUUCAUUUCAAAUUUGGAUAAAGCUCUCCACUCUGCUGGCAUCAGCUCUGGGUUCAUAAUCUUUGGCACAAACCUUACCAAUCCACUAAAUGAACUUCUAUUAGCCUUGCAACCCGUUUUUCCUUUGGAUUAUAUCCUGAUCACAGUCAUCACUAUGUACUUUGUACUCACAUCUAUGGCUGGCAUUCGAAACAUGGGCAUCUGGUUCUUCUGGAUAAGGUUGUACAAAAUAAGGCCUAAGAGAACCCGUCCGCAGGCUCUUCUCUUCCUUUGUAUGAUUCUGCUCUUGAUAGUGCUUCACACCAGCUACAUGAUCUACAGCCUGGCCCCACAGUAUGUUAUGUAUGGCAGCCAGAAAUAUCUUGUACAGAGUCAGAUGGCCUCAGCAGGUACUACAUCUGGGAAUUCUACUUCUGGCACCACACGGAUCUGUGAUGCUGACGCGCCCGAGGAUCAGUGCACUGUGACCAGAUCCUAUAUUUUCCUUCACAAGUUUUGGUUCUUCAAUACCAUCUACUACUUUGGAAACUGGGCUUUUAUUGCGGCCUUUCUUGUUGGUUUGGUGGUGUCCUGCUGCAGAGGGAAGAAGUCUGUGAUUGAAGGAGAAGUGGAACCAGACGACUCCGACAUGAGUGAUGAUGAAUAUGUGCACUGAAAAUCAAAACAGUCGGACAUGUAGAUAUACCAAGUUUAGCUUAAAGGGACUAGAAAGACUCUUCAGCAGGUAAAUGCCUAAUCUAUUGUCUCGUCUUUUAGUCCUUUUUGCUUUGCUGUGUUAUGGAUUCCUGCCUUGUUUUGACUUGACACGUCCCAAGCCCUUAAUGGGAGUAUGGAGACUGAUUGUUGUGUCUUUCUCGGUCCAUAUUAUUGAUGACUUUGGGAUUCUGGGAGUGUCCUUCAGUUUAAUCCCACCUUGAGAAUUCAGUUCUCAAUGGUUUGAAACUGACACAAAUUGGUAAUUUUUCUGCUGGGUAAAAAACAUUUUUCAUUUGUGGACAGAGCCUAUACAAAAACACUUUCUAGACCCUUUAAGCUGCUCCUUACAGUAAUAAUAACAUCAAUGGUUGACUUGUACAUUCUAUGAUGAAAUGCUUUAGAAACUAGUGAGCUCACACACAUUUGCCUAUUUUCUGAAACAUGAACUGGUCUAUAAACAAAAAGUGCUGACAGAAGUAACAAGUAUAUUUUAUUCUCAAUGAGCGAGUAGUGUCCUGAUGGAUUUGCUUUUUUUCCUGCUUUUAGUUAUUCACAGUCUCAGACUAUUAUUUAAGAAAGUGUUACUGCGCAGGGGAAUCUACACAGUGUGUGAAGUGUAAAGGACCAAUAACAGGUGUUGUUUUUUCAGGUGUUUUUACACUAAAUAAGUAUUUGGUCUGUAUGUCAGAAAAACAUGGGAAAAAACUAAAUAUUUUGAAAAUAGAACUAAUUAAACAUAAGUGUCUUUUUUUCUUUCAUUCAAGGAGAACGUUAAACUUUUCCAGUGCACAAUUAAUUUAUGAACAGUAGGUUCGUGACAUAGACACAUUAAUGGGUUUAUUUACUUUUACUUAAUUUUUUUCUGUUUAUUUGCUAUAUUAAUAUUAUUGGGAUGUGUUGAUUUAAGUUACAGAAUGUGCAUGUAAUUGACUUGCUUUGAAAACAACAUGGUUGUGCCUCAUGAAUGUCCUGUACCACGAUGGGCACACGUUACUCUUUAGGUUGAAGCUUGUCGGUGUCAUCCUGUGUUCCUUCACUGAGAGUCGACGCAGGCUCCAGCUGGAGCAAGGAUUUCUGUAAGAAGCUGCGACACGUGGAUUCAUUCACUUGAGUCACAAAUUCUGCUGUGGGUCAACGAUAACGGUAUUUAAAAAAAAUAAAACACAAGAAAAUGUC